AUGAACCGAUCAAAUGUUCAUCUUCUGGAUUUACCUGAUGAAAUAUUAUUUGUUAUUUUGAAGAAGUUGGACAAUAUUGAUGUACUUUAUUCUUUAUUCGAUAUUAAUAAUGGACGACUUAACAUUCUUGUACAAGAAAAUAUUUUCAGCAACAUUCUGAAGUUUGUUUCCAUUGAUAACACUUCUAUAAUCGAUCGAUUCUGCAUUGAUAUAUUACCAAGAAUUCAUCAUAAUGUGAAAUGUUUUAUUUUUGAUCCAGUUUUUAUGGAACGUAUUCUUCUUGCUACUGACUAUCCGAAUUUAACUAAACUUAAAAUUGUUGAUUUCCAAAAAGAAAUCGCUUUUAAUUAUUUUACAAAUCAAUCAUCGCUUCGAUCUAUUUUCCAAGAACAAAUUACAAAUCUUAUCCUUAUCAAUAAUGAUAAAGGCGGAAGGAGAGGUUCAUCGGACAUCUAUGAUGAAGGCCGAAUGGAAUGUUCACCGAAAAUCUAUACUAAAGAUGUAUAUGAUCACAUCUUGACCUUCUUCAAAAAUUUAAAAAAAUUAACUAUCAUAGAACCUUCUGUUAUGUUGUAUCCACCUUUAUCACUUCAUUAUUUGCCAUCUACUACUUUUUCAUCUCCGAUUCUUACUCAUUUAUAUAUCAAUAUCAAUGGUUUACAUGAUUGUCUUUGUUUACUUGAUGGUAGACUUACAAAACUGACAACAUUGUGUGUUAAUGUCUAUAAUAUAGACAUAGAGAUAUCUCCAGAAAUCGUUCACAAUAUGGAUAAAUCAUUUAAUCUAAAAUGUUUCUCAUUACAAUUGUUCUGUCCAUCUCAAGAUUAUGAUGAAAUUGUAUCACUUCUUCGUCGUAUGUCAAAUCUAGAAAAAUUAACUCUAAAUAUUUCUAUAUACAAUCGAAAGAGAUUCAUUGAUGUCAUUAGUGGUGCUGAUGUUCAACAUGAUAUUUUGAAUUAUAUGCCACAACUUCGUUCAUUCACCUUUUAUAUUUGUACUUAUGUCGGCCCAGUUACUUCACCCUACAAGUUAUCUAGUGAAGCUAUUCAACUAACAUUAGCAAACAUUAGACAACCACAUAUCAGUAGUAUGGUUAAUUAUGUUCAUAGUGUUGUCCAUUUUGGUGAGGGUUUCAGAGCUGCAUGCUCAAUCUUCUCGCUUCCUUUUCAAUUUGAUUAUCUCCAAGAUCUUGGCAAUCACUUUCCAAAUAUUAUAUUUAGUUAUGUUACCUAUUUACUUUUACGCGAUAUUAUUCCAUUCGAACAUGAAUUCCUCGUACGAAUUGCCCGAUCAUUUCCAUCACUGAAGCAUUUAUGUAUUUACAAUAAAAAAUCACAGGUAUCAGAUGGUCUUAUGACAUUAUCAUCUGACAAUUGUCAAUUACACUCAAUUAUUGCGUAUCCUCAUCUGACUAUACUUGAUAUCAAAUUUUCACAUAAAGAUUAUGUUGAACAAUUUCUGAAUGAAACAAAGACAUUUGUACCUUGUCUGACGGAAUUGGAAGAUGCAACUGGUUUUUGGUCUCAUAAACCAGGAACUGGAGCUGUUACAAAUAAAGAUAAUACAGGUUCAUUAAUUAGUAAUCCAUCAGUAUCUAAUGUAUCACCAUGGAAAUUAUUUUGUGGAUAUUAUAUUGCACAACCAUCAAAAAUUAAUAUUCGUUAA